UAUCGUCCACUCCAAAGCUGCACCAGACGCUUUCCUCACCAACCAGUCCUUCCUAAAGCUUCGCCGCCCAACAAAUUCCACACAGCCUCCCCACCCUAACCCACCUCUGAAACCCCAAUGCACGACGAGCACCCCCACCCCCUCCUCGCCCAACUCCCCCUAACCGUCUCUCCCUUCCUCUCCCUCCCCGCCGCCACCACCCUCCCCUACACCUACAAAUCCCUCCCCUCCACCCUCCCCCCCUCCAUCACCGACCCCACCAACACCAACACCACCAUGCCGCCCCAACAGCCCCCCUCCGUGGAUCCCCAGCAACAAGAAACCACCCGCACUCCCUACGUCCUCUCCGCCUCCGGCCACGCCGCCCACCCGGACGACAUCAUCGCGUCGUGCCGCGCACUGCAGGCGCACCUGAAUAUGCUGGAGCAGAAAGCGCGCGCGACGGUCGCAGAGUGGGAGGAGCGGCGGCGAGCGGCGGAGCUGGCGGAGAAGAGGCGGGUCGCGCCGGGCUGGUUGGAUGAGGAGGUGAGGAUGCUGGUGCCGGAGCGGGCGGGGGCACAGCAGGUUGGGAUAGGAGAGGUGGAGAUGCGGGAUCAGCAGGUGGAAGCGCGGGAGCAGGUGGGGAGGGGGAGUAAAGAGGGGGAGGAGCUGGAUCGGGCGUUUGGGGGGUUGGGGCUUAGAUGA